GUGAAAUUUAACCACUUUGAGCCGGUGUUUACUUUCUAUUAAUCGUCAUUCCUCGUGUUUCGUAUUUUUUUCGUUCGCGAGUUCGCGCAACUUUGACCCCGUAACCUACUUCCUAAUAUGUAAAAGGAAAAGGAUUCUUGGUUUUUUCUUUCACUCCUGAUCCAUAAUUCUGACAAACUCCCUCAGCUACUCACGUGGCAUACAUUCUUUUUGUCAGAGUCUACUGAUUUUCCAAUUCGAGUACAACCACGAGACGCGACUCCUGUCACUAUGACAGCACUACAGUCAUUCCCAAGUUACUUUCUACGCGUAUACUUUCAGAGUUUAGUACGAGUGAAAACUCGGAUCGAUCACAACCGAGGGAAAAUAUUAAUUUAAUAGUCAGACCUAGUGGACGACGUACGGAAUUUCGUGUCGCGGUUUUUUCUCGUAUAUAUUUAUUUACAAGUUAAUUUACGACUUUUAUUCUGUUUCGUUUUUUUUAUGUGGCAAUUGUUAAUCGUGAAGCGGUAGAUUCAUUCGCAGAAAACCUUGUUAUUACAAAAAAUACAUACAUUCGUGACGAAAGAUCGUUUUGCAAUCACUUCAAAGUCUAAGAAUCAUUUAUCUCUCCCUCCCUCGCUUUCCUUGUUGGUUCGUUUCUCGCGUGUACUUCGAAAUCCUACCGGAUGCAACCUUUCGAACGGAAUCAGGUUGUACAAAAAAAGUACAAAUCUAUGAUGAUACUUUUCGGCUCUACGAUCGCGUUGAUCGGUAGUUUUUGCGCUUGGCCAAAAGGACGCAAAUUUUUUUCCCUCGUCACCACUAGGAUAGUACUCGAAUUGAGGUAUCAACUUUUGGGUGUCAGAGAAGUGCUUUGUGACUUGCGCGACGCGAGGUACAACAAAACUGAUUUGCCGAAGAAAACGGGAUGCGUGGCCGUUAUAACAGGUGGUUCCAGAGGGAUCGGGGUUGAGGUGGUCAGAAUGCUGAUGAAAUGCGACAUGGAUAUUGUUCUCGCCUGCAGGAAUACAGCGGCGGGAGAAAAAGUCGUUAAAAACAUCCGAGAAUCCGGAGUGAUGGACGGGAAAGCAAAAGUCUACGAAUUGGACAAUUCGAGCCUCGAGUCAGUGAGAAAGUUUUCUGAGAUGAUGAAAAAUGAGUACAAAAAAAUUGACAUCCUCAUAAAUAACGCUGGAGUAAUGUUCCCACCGUAUGUCGAAACGAAAGACGGCUUCGAGCAACAAUGGGGCGUCAACUACUUGUCACACUUUUUACUCACCGCUUUGCUUGUGCCGCUUCUAAGAAACGCCGGAAAUGAGGAAACCCGAGCUCGAAUAAUAAACGUCUCUUCGUGUGCUCAUCUCCUCGGGACGAUCAACUUCGAAGACAUUAAUUACAAAAAAAGGUUUAUCACGUCUGCAGCUUAUGCCCAGAGCAAAUUGGCUUCGGUCAUGUUCACGACGACUCUUCAAAGACAUCUCCAAGAAAGGAAUCUUCCGAUACAAACUUUCGCCGUGCACCCAGGAAUCGUUAAUACCGAUUUAUUCGAAAAUACGAUAUUCAGCAAAGUUAAAAUAUUCACACGAUUAUUUUUCAAGAGUCCAGAAAAAGGGGCGACGACGACAGUUUACGCAGCAGUGAGUCCGAGAAUCGAGCACGAGGGUGGAAUUUACCUGAGCAACUGUCGAAGCAGUUCGAUUAAUCGUUUGGCAAAAGACGAAAAUGCGUGUAAUCGUCUCUUCGAGUUGAGUCUCCAGCAAGUCAAGCUCAAAGACUUUUUUCAGAAUUUAUGAACUUGAAAAUGAGCUCCAACUUUAGGUCAAACUUCUACGAGUGUAAAGACAAUCGAACAAAUUUUGUAAAUUUACAAAGACUUGUAUUCAUGACGGAAAAUUAAAUAUGUUUGUAUGGAAAAAUGGGAGGCGAAAUUAUACAGAAAAUUGUCUUUUCAACAA